AUGUCGUGGUUCGCGCAACUAGACAGCCGACAUUGCACGCCGUCCUGUAACUUGGCGACAUGUCACGCGAGUUUCUCUGGGUGCUUUCAUGAUUGGAGAAUUAUAGCGCGGACCUCCUCAUCGAAUGUCACUGUAGACGGGCGACUGGCCCAUCCGCAGCUAAACAACGACGAGUGCUGCUCCGUCCUAGCAAUAGUUGGUAGCUUAUACAUGCCACCAAGUACAGAAGGCUCACAAGACAGACUCAUUACUUCGAUCAUCCACAUUGGACAAUACCUGGAGGCCAGAAGUCCAAGCCAGACUCGAAGAGGAGCCAGCGCAGAGAAGAGGGUCCGGUCGAGUGAUAAAAUGAUGAGACGGCUGGAAAGUCAACGGAAAACUUACGGGUCGAUAGGUGUCGCCUGA